GGGAAGGUAGGCGAUAAGUGUGAAAAAUGCAAAAAGCUAUUUGAGGGAGGCAAUCUCAUCGCUCGAGGUAUUGAAGAUAUUUUCCGUCCAUCGUUGUCUUUUCGAGCCCAACCGAAAUCGCCAACGACAAAACAGCAGUGUGCCAGCUAAACAAACUACCACCUCAUCCAGAAUCACCCUAUGCCACGUUCCUCCCGACCCCAACCCGAAAACCGGCACCAAAUCAACCACAGCCAAAUGAGCCAGCACUACCCAUCAACCCGCACCCACCCUUCAACCCUCACAAUCCCAAUCCCGAACCCGCACAACUUUCAAUGGCGUGCUCCCCGCCCACCAACACCCGGCAAGCCAACUUUCGACACCAUACACGACCCACCCCUUAAUAUUCCACCCGUCCCGCCGCUUUCAUAUAUCGAGCCCGACGCUCCGGCCUCUCCGCUCAUAACACCAUCAUAUCUGUUCCCCCGCACUCCUCCUCCACUUCCUAUAUCAUCGCUUUCUCAAAAAUCGACGCAGAGGAGAAAUAACAGGCACCGGAGGAACUCGCCAUAUCAUAUUCAGACUAGCGAACUGAUACCGGGUACAGAAUCCCGAUUCGGAUAUGGCAAUACAAGAAGGAUGCCAGAGAACCUUGGAUGGAACGAGCUUAAAUCUCCGAUGCGAUUUCAUUUCAUAGAGCCGGAGUGGGAGCAAUGUAGUGGUGUGCUCGACGGUCGGGAUGUUUUAGAAGGAAGAGAGCCGUGCGAGAGACAGGAAGAGAAAGCAAAGACAGGGUUGCGUGGAUGGAGGUUUGGUAAGUAGUGAGGUUUGCCGCCCUAGGUGGAUAUCUCGGGAACAAGACUAGUGUAUUGAUUAGAGACGGUAAUUGUAAUAUAAUUGUACUUCUCCAGCUUGGUCGCUGGGCAAUUCCUGGGUGCUUGGUGGCUAGCGUCUUUGUGGCUUUGACAUGGGUAAAUAGUUUAGACAGGAUGGAAGCAACAGGCGUCAAUUGAUGGGGUUUAAAGUCAGAAUAGCCCUUUUAGUUCCGCUGCCUA